AUGCUAAGCCCUUCGAGGUACAUACCUAUGUUUCGGACUAUGAUUGGUGGCGUUCUUAUGCAAGAGGGGCACCCAAUCGCCUAUGAGAGCCUUGUCCGAACGGAUAACAUAGCUACCAGCAAUUUCCAAACAAAGAAUAAGCUCAGCCCUAAGCAAGCAAGGUGGCAAGACUUCUUGGCUGAGUUCGAUAUGUGUAUCGAGUAUAAGCCGGGACGCACGAAUCUAGUGGCUGAUGCGUUAAGUCGGAAAGUAGAGCUUGUGAGCUUGAAGCUAAAGGAGAUAACUGCUGUGAGCCAGUUUAGGAGCGCCCUUUCUGAUAGGAUCAAGAAGAGCACCCUCAACCGUAACAGCAAUACCAACGGAUAUGACCAAAAAGGUCUUGUCACGAGCUGGACUCGAACCAGCACCCCUAGGUCUGGGAUCAGGAACUCCUCUAUCUAUGCUAAUGGUUCCGUUGUCAUACUAUAUUCUAUUCUACCUUCGAGUCACUCAUUCCCUUUCGAGCUAAUGAGAGCUAACUGGCAAGAAGCCAUAACAUUAUCAGCUAACCGCGAACAGAGUUCAGAGUCGCUUAUUGGAAUCAGAGACUUAGUCAACAAGCAUUCCCACCCGAGAAAUUCUUAG